AUGUCAGCUGAGAAUGAGAUCCUGGUGGUGCCCAAGAUCGGGCAAGGCCAGCUCUUCCCUUGCAUCGAGCUCUGCAACCACCUCCUCCGCCGUGAUUUCAGCAUUACCGUCGUCGCCGACUCCGACAUCUCCUCCUCCAUCCCCUCCGCCCUCCGCCAAUCCCCUCUCUUCACUCUCAUCAACGUCUCGGCACCACAAGAAACGCCAGCAGACCCACCUGCUAGCUCCCCUCGCCAGCAUCAACAGAUAGCCCAAGGCAUCGAGUCGUUCCUCGCCGGGCGUGACCCAGCUCAAGCUCGCCCUGCUUGCGCGGUGAUCGACCACAUCAUGUACAAGACCCAGGAGGUGUUCUCCAAGCUCGGGAUCCCCACGGUGACGUUCAUCACUUCCGGGGCGUGCUGGGCGGCGGUGCAGCACGCAGCGUACGUGGUCCGGCCUGACGACAUGAAGCCAGGGGAGGUUCGUGCCUUACCGGGUUUGCCCAAUGAGAUGGUGCUGAGUUAUUCGGAUCUUAAACAGAGGCGCCACUGGAUGCCCUCGAAUCGGGGCGGGGGAGGUGGCGGGAGGGGCCCGGGAGGGUCAAGGCCGCAGAUGGGCCCGCCUCUUCCGGGUCAUCCAGCCCCAUGGGUGGAAGAAGUGAAGAGCUCGGUAGCGUUGCUAAUCAACACGUGCGAUGAUCUCGAGCGCCCAUUCCUAGACUACGUGGCCAAUCUGACGGCCAAGCCCAUUUGGGGCGUGGGCCCACUCGUGCCGGAUGAAUACUGGAGGUCCGCGGCGGCCUUGCUUCAGGAGCGGAAGAUCCGGCCCAAGAGAGAGUCCAACUACACGGACGACGAGAUAAUCGGGUGGCUCGAUCGGCAACCUCGUGGCUCCAUCAUGUACAUAUCGUUCGGCAGCGAGGUGGGCCCUUCGAUGGAGGAGUACCCGGAGCUGGCCAAGGCACUGGAGGAGUCGAACCGGCCAUUCAUAUGGGUGAUCCAGAAGAAGUCGGGUCAGCCCGGCCCGCUGGCCAGAGGACCAGCCCAAAUGGAAGGCGGCUACUUCCCACAUGGUUUGGACAGCAGGGUGGGGGAGAGGGGGCUGAUCAUACACGGGUGGGCGCCACAGCUGCUGAUACUGAGCCACCCAUCGACCGGUGGAUUCGUGUCGCACUGCGGGUGGAACUCCACAGUGGAGGCAAUAGUGAGAGGAGUCCCGAUUUUGGCGUGGCCAAUCAGGGGCGACCAAUACUACAAUGCCAAGCUGGUGGUGAACCAUCUCAAGAUCGGGGUUUUGGUGUGUGAUCAGUACCCAGCUGAGAUGGUGAAGAAGGAUGAUGUUUUGAUGGGAAUUGAGCGGGUCUUGGCCGAUGAAGAGAUUAGGAGGAGAUCGCUGUGUCUCGGACAGAGAUUUGAGAAGGGCUUUCCUGAGAGCUCGGUGAGUUCAUUGGAUGCUUUUAGAGAUUUUGUCCACCGGAAAGCAGCUUAGGCACCGUUUGCUUUGUGGUGCCUACUUGUACGGAAGUGGGAGUUUGAAGCUAGAACGAUAAAGCGACCGUCAGUUUCU